AUGCAUCGGUCGACGAGCGCGGGAGCCAUGUCGACCAUGGCGACCGGCGGAGGGGCCAUGGCGAGGCCCCGCAAGGAGCGGAAAGUCACGUUCGUCGUGCGAGACUCUGACGACACCACCCACUGUGCUGGCGUCAACAGUGUGUGCCUGGCCCCUCCUGCCACGUCAGCAUGGUACCUGCACCAGCAGGGGCCCAGAUCGCCCCUCUCUCACCCACACUCGCAUUCCCACGGCCACACCAGAAGCAGCAAUGAUGGUGACUAUAACGAGGAAGCUUAUAUCGAGGAUGUAGUGUUCACUGGCAGCCGGGACGGAACCAUAAAGCGGUGGAGGGUUUCGGUAGGCUCGGCGAGUCCUGGAGCUGCAGAGGAGGAUCGGUACGGGAGGGGGAACGGAGGUGCGGUAACCCCAAAAGGAUUGUAUGAGACGACUUUCGAGUCACAUACAGACUGGGUGAAUGAUGUGGUGUUGGUGGGAGCAGACACGCUCGUCUCAUGCUCCUCUGAUGGCUCCCUCAAGACAUGGAAGGCCUUUUCCCCAAGGGGCGAGUGCACCGACACCCUGCGGCACCACAGCGACUACGUAAUCGCUCUCGCUGCCGCCCGUGAUGUGAGUUCCUCUCCCUCUCUGUACGAAUCAAAAGUACUGCAACCGCACUCCAGCAUGCAUGCAGCAGCACUGCUGCACCACAGCGACUACAGGCAUCGCUCUUGCUGCUGCCCGCGAUGUGAGUCCCUCUCCCUCUCUGUACGAAUCAAAGCAUGCAUGCAGCAGCACUGCGGCACCACAGCGACUACAGGCAUCGCUCUUGCUGCUGCCCGCAAUGUGAGUAGAACCAUGUGUUCGUCUCCCUUCUCUCUCUUCCCUCUCUAUGCGGAUCCAAGGUAA